AUGUUUCUGAUUAGGGCGGUUUGCGCAGGCAAGAAGCUCCGGCGAUCGAUCUCUUCCAGCGCUGGCCCGUCGGUGGAGCAUCUCCGUGCCGUGCCCUUCACUCGCUCCCGAGAAGAUGCAAGGUCAGACUACGACGCCUACCACAGCUCCGUCAUCUCCUACGUCCCGUCGCUGUCCCCGAGCGUCAAGGAGAGGUUUCUACCAUUCUGGGCAGUGUGCUCCGUGGCCAAGGUGGCCAUCGACAGCGCUCAAAUCGGCUACCUCAAGCACAGGUACAACUUCGCCACGAAGAGGAUGGAGACUUACACAUCGUGGCAGCUCGUCUACUUCUCGAAGAAUGAGAGACCCUCCUGGGAACGCAGGCAUGAUCCCAACGAGGACCUCGACAUGCAGAUAUACGCUUCCUACGAGUACCGCAGGGCCUAUGUCAACGGGCUGAGAUGCGUCGGCUGUUUCAGCGGUGCAACCAGGCUGACUCCCGAGAUGGUGGAGGGUCCAGACGGAGUGAGAGGACUGGAGGAGUUCCGGAUGAACGCACAGGCAGCUCUGGACUUGGCCAAGACGGCUGUGUACCGUCAAGCUCAGGCCAACGCUCGCGACUUCCUGCUCAGGAUCUUCCCGGGGUCUUGGGACGCGAGAGGGAUCAACCUCGACUUCCUGAUGGACAGCGUGCUGGUGGCACCCAUCUACGUACCCGUCUACAUCUUCGAGAGCUCCUACUUCACCGAGAUGGUGCGGACGUUCGUCCACGGCGCGAGAAGCUCCGCUGUCGGUGGCCAGAGGCUCUACCACGCACCGCUGGCGGCAAUCGGUGGCGGCAUGGCCUGCGCGGCGAUGGCGUACCACAUGUCCGGCUCCGUGCCGCUGGGAGCGUGCGUGGUGGCGGCGACCAUCGCCAGUACCGUGGCGUUGCUCUUCCCGGUUCUGGUGCUCCGGUUUCGAGAGUGGUGGCGAGUAAGAGAGAGCGCGCAGCACGUCUGGAGGGACUGGGGCCAGGAGUACGUGAACGCUUACGAGAUGUGGGAGGAGCUCGCGCGGAAGCAGCAGACAAGGCGGGAGGAGGCGAGGCAGCGCAGGUUUUACGAAGAGCAGACUAGAUACCGGCGAUCGGAUUACUCUCGCCAGAGGCAGGAGGAGCCUUCUUCUGGCUAUGGUGGUGGCGGCAGCAAUCCGGAUCCAAAGGGCUACUACGCGAGGCUGGGUCUCCAGCCCGGCGCGUCCGAGAGCGAGAUCAAGGCGGCGUUCCGGGCGCUGGCGCUCAAGCACCACCCCGACAGGCACCAGGAUCCCGGGAACAAGGCUAAAGCCAAGGCCAACUUUGUGAGGAUCACCGAGGCGUACGAGGUGUUAAGGGAUCCAAACAAGCGGAGGGAGUACCAGCAGCAACGCGGCUACUAA